AUGCCCUAUCUCCCAACGUCGCAGGCCUUUCUGGAGCAAUCCUCCAUGCUGCUGGAGGCGUAUCCUGACGAUACCCGAAUCACUACCAAAUACAGCUUCCCUUCCCACCUCCCGAGCUCGUCGACGACGAAAAAAUCAAAAACAGCAAAAGGUGCAUCGGCAGAGGAUUCCUCCCAGCAAGCUCAGCAAGGAGGGCAGACGUCUGCAGCACCAGCAGCAGCAGCAGCACCACCGAUAGCGACCCUCACGUUCAAGACUUACAACCCUGCAACGGGGAUCUGUCUCAAGUACCGGACCAACAAGGCCGCUGAAGUCGGUCGCUUGAUGACUGGAUUGGGGAAGUUGGCCAGUGGAGCUAAGGUUUCGGAUUUGACGACGACGACUACAGCUACUACUACUGCUGCUGCUGCUGCCACUGCUGUUGCAGCAGGAGGCGAUGUGGAGAUGACAGAUGCGCCUGCGCCUGCGCCGACGGAAGAGAAUGCAGAUGUCGUCACGGCAGCUGGCAAGGCUGAUGCGGGCGCUGGCAAAGGGGGGAAGGCGAAGAAGAAGAGUGGGAAAGGGAAGCGAUGA